GGGCUGCGCUGCUGCGGGCCGAGCAGAGCGAGCGGAGCCGGGCGGCGUCGGGCCGGGGCCGGGGCCGGCUGCACGCGGAGGAUGGAGCCCGAGCCCGAGCCGCCGUGCCGGUAGCGCGGGGCUGCCCGGCCCGGGAUGGCCCCGGGGGAGCUGCUGACCUCCGGCCCCGCGCCCCCCGCGCAGGGCCGGGCCCCCCUCUGGUUGCGAGCCCACGUGGGCGGCUUGCUCUUCAGCUUGGGCUGCGCGAUCCAGCGGCAUUGUGGCAAGGUGCUCUUCGUGGGGCUGCUGGCUUUCGGGGCCCUUGCGCUGGGCCUGCGUGGGGCUGCCGUGGAGACAGACCUGGAGCGCCUCUGGGUGGAAGUGGGCAGCCGGGUGAGCCAGGAGCUCCGUUACACAAAGGAGAAGCUCGGGGAAGAGGCCGUGUACACCUCUCAGACCCUCAUCCAGACCGCCCGUCAUCCGGGCGAGAGCGUUCUCACACCCGAGGCUCUGGGCCUCCACCUUCAGGCUGCCUUGGCAGCUAGCAAAGUUCAAGUUUCCCUCUAUGGAAAGUCCUGGGAUCUGAACAAAAUCUGCUACAAGGCAGGAGUCCCUGUUAUUGAGAAUGGGAUGAUUGAGCGGAUGAUCGAGAAGCUGUUUCCCUGUGUGAUCCUCACCCCGCUGGACUGCUUUUGGGAGGGAGCCAAACUUCAGGGGGGCUCCGCGUACCUACCGGGCCGACCUGAUAUUCAGUGGACCAACCUGGAUCCUGAGCAACUUCUGGAAGAACUCGGCCCCUUUGCCUCCCUGGAGGGCUUUAGGGAGCUGCUGGACAAGGCCCAGGUGGGCCAGGCCUACGUGGGACGGCCCUGCCUGCAUCCCAGUGAUCCCCAUUGCCCAGCCAGUGCCCCUAAUCGCCAGAGCAGGCAGGUCCCAGAUGUUGCCCGGGAGCUGAGCGGCGGCUGCCAUGGCUUCUCACGCAAGUUUAUGCAUUGGCAGGAGGAGCUGCUGCUGGGGAGCCCGGUGAGGAGCCCUCAGGGCCGGCUGCUCAGUGCGGAAGCCCUGCAGAGCACCUUCCUGCUCAUGAGCCCCCGGCAGCUGUAUGACCAUUACCGAGGAGACUAUGAAACCCAUGACAUCAGCUGGAGCGAGUCCCAGGCAGGCGCUGUGCUGCAGGCCUGGCAGAGGCGCUUCGUGGAGCUGGCCCAGCAGGCCAUCCCCCAGAAUGCGUCCCAGCAGAUCCACGCCUUCUCUGCCACCACCCUGGAUGACCUCUUGCGCUCCUUCUCUGACAUCAGUGCAGUCCGUGUGGCGGGGGGCUACCUCCUCAUGCUGGCUUACGCCUGCGUGACCAUGCUCCGCUGGGACUGCUCCAAGUCUCAGGGGGCCGUGGGCCUGGCCGGGGUCCUUCUGGUAGCCCUGUCUGUGGCCUCUGGCCUCGGGCUCUGCUCGCUGCUGGGUAUGACCUUCAAUGCUGCUACGACUCAGGUGCUCCCAUUCCUGGCCCUGGGCAUCGGGGUGGACGACAUGUUCCUGCUGGCCCACGCCUUCACCGAGGCCCCCUCGGGCACCCCCCUGCAGGAGCGGACCGGCGAGUGCCUGCAGCGCAUGGGCACCAGCGUGGUGCUCACCUCCGUCAACAACCUGGUCGCCUUCUUCAUGGCCGCCCUGGUGCCCAUCCCCGCCCUUCGCGCCUUCUCCCUCCAGGCUGCGGUGGUGGUCGGCUGCAACUUUGCUGCUGUGCUGCUCAUCUUCCCGGCCAUCCUCAGCUUGGACCUGCACCGGCGGCACCGGCAGCGGCUGGAUGUGCUCUGCUGCUUCUCCAGCCCAUGUUCUUCCCGGGUGAUUCAGAUCCAGCCUCAGGAGCUGGGGGAGGGGCAGGUGCCCAGGAGCGGGGCCCACCUGACAGCCACGGUCCAGGCCUUCGCCCGCUGCGACACAGCCGGCCAGCACGUCGUCACCAUCCUGCCCCCCACCACUCACCUGACGUCCCUCCCCACCGAGUCUCUGGGCUCCCAGCUCUUUGGCCCCAUGGGUUCAACCAGAGACUUGCUGGGCCAGGUGCCCGGGCCGGGCCGGGGCCAGGUGUGCCGCCCGCUGCCCUGUGCCCGCUGGAACCUCUCUCGCUUUGCCCGGUGCCAGUACGCCCCCCUGCUGUUGCAGCCCCGAACCAAGGGCCUGGUACUGGUGCUUUUCGGGGCCCUCCUGGGGCUGAGCCUGUACGGAGCCACGUGGGUGCAGGAUGGGCUGACCCUGACGGAUGUGGUGCCCCGGGGCACCAAGGAGUACGACUUCCUGGCCGCCCAGAUCAAGUACUUCUCCCUGUACGAGGUGGCCCUUGUGACCCAGGGUGGCUUCGACUACGCCCGCUCCCAGCAGGCCCUGCUGGACCUGCACAAACGCUUCAGCGCCCUCAAAUCCGUGCUGGCGCCGCAGCCACCGAGAAGCUGGCUACACCGCUACAGCGCCUGGCUCCAGGGGCUCCAGGCCGCCUUUGACCAAGACUGGGCCGCCGGCCGCAUCACGCGCCACUCGUGCCGCAACGGCUCCGAGGAUGGAGCCCUGGCCUACAGGCUGCUCAUCCAGACGGGGGACGCCAAGGAGCCGCUGGACUACAGCCAGCUGGACAAGCGGAAACUGGUGGAUGCUGAUGGCCUCAUCCUGCCCGAGCUCUUCUACGUUGGGCUGACCGUGUGGGUGAGCAGAGACCCUUUGGGCCUGGCAGCCUCCCAGGCCAACUUCUACCCCCCGCCCCCCGAGUGGCUCCACGACAAAUAUGACAGCACUGGGGAGAGCUUGCACAUCCCUGCGGCCCAGCCUUUGGAGUUUGCCCAGUUCCCCUUCCUGCUGAGCGGGCUCCGCCAGACGGCAGACUUCGUGGAGGCCAUCGAGGGGGCCCGGGCGGCCUGCGCAGAGGCGGCCCGCGCUGGGAUCCGGGCCUACCCCAGCGGCUCCCCGUUCCUCUUCUGGGAGCAGUACUUGGGCCUCCGCCGCUGCUUUCUGCUGGCCGUCUGCGUGCUGCUGGCCUGCACCUUCGUGGUCUGUGCCUUGCUGCUGCUCAGCCCCUGGACCGCCGGCCUCAUUGUGCUGGUGCUGGCCAUGAUGACUGUGGAAUUAUUCGGCAUCAUGGGCUUCCUGGGCAUCAAACUCAGCGCCAUCCCCGUGGUGAUUCUCGUGGCCUCCGUGGGCAUUGGCGUCGAGUUCACAGCUCACGUGGCUCUGGGCUUCCUGACAGCCACCGGCAGCCGGGACGCGCGGUCAGCCCAGGCCUUGGAGCACAUGUUUGCGCCCGUGAUGGAUGGGGCCGUGUCCACGCUGCUGGGCCUGCUCAUGCUGGCCGGCUCGGACUUCGACUUUAUUGUCAGGUACUUCUUUGUGGUGCUGACAGUGCUGACCGGCCUGGGCCUGCUUCACGGGCUUGUUCUGCUUCCUGUGCUGCUGUCCAUCAUAGGACCCCCACCCCAGGUACCGCUGCCAGAUGGAGGCGGCCGCCCGCCCUGCCCUGACCCGGUAUCGCUGCCCCUCAGUCCUCCUCACUUCUUCCUGGGCCCGAGCCCAGCCUUCAGGGCUCCUGAGACAGGAGCAGGGGACGCCCCAAGCACCUUCAUCCUGCCCCCGGCCCACUCCCACAUCUUGGUGGAGGCCAGCAAGGACCCCAGCUUCCCGACCAUCACGGUGGUGCAGACGUACAAGGAUGGUUCUCCUGGCUCCGGGCUACCUCCCCUUACGGCCACGGCCGGCAGUGAGGCCCGCUGGGGGCCCCAUGCCAGCCCCGGCGCCUUCACCACCGUGACGGCCUCCGUCACCGUGGCCCUGCACCCGCCGCCACUGCCGGGUAGCUACGUCCAGGAGGUCCCUGAGGAAGCCAGGCCCCCGAUGGCCGGCGAGUCCAAGGGACCUGGCCCCCGCUGCUAGGAUGGGCCUGGCAGCCCUAUGCAAAGCAGCCCUGCUGCUGUCGGUGCCCCUGCCUCCAAGGGAGGAAAGUGCGCAUGUGAGUGUGUGUGAGUAUGUGUGUGACCGUCCCCUCGGCAAGUGUCCCCCCGGACAAGCGUCCCCCCGGACAAGCGUCCCCCGGACAAGCGUCCCCUGGACAAGUGUCCCACCAGACAAGCGUCCUCCGGACAAGCGUCCCCCCGGACAAGCGUCCUUCCCACAAGUGUCCCUGAGCACCUUGGCCAGGCCCCUCCAGCGCUGCCCUCAGGGCUUCAGGGGAACCUGUGGGGAGCCCCCUCCCUCCCUCUGAAGGCUGGGGGCCCAGCUGGGCACUCAGUCUGUCCAUCUGUCUGUCUGUGAAUGGCCCUGCCCCUCCUGCCCCAGAAGUUAUUUAUAUGAAGAGGUUUAUUUUUGUAAAGCUGAUGGCUCAGCUGUAAAUCUUAUUUUUAAAGAGUAAAUAUAUACAUAUCUAUUCUCUAAAC